CGCGUCGCUGCCCCCCUCUACCCCGGAAGUGAUCAGCGUAAACACGCCACCGCUUGAUUUAGAGCUUGACAGGUUUGAACCUGAUGUGAAGUUAAAAUGUCCAAUAGUACGAGAACGGUGCUGAUAUUCGGAGGCUUUGUCACGGCAAUUGCGGCCGCGUUUUAUCCAAUAUUUUACUACCCGCUCACGCACAAAGAGAGUUACAGAGACAUCCAAAAGAUCAACCGGGCUGGAAUCAACCAGGCAGAUGUUCAACCUGCGGGUGUGAAAAUAUGGUCUGAUCCAUUCAAGCCUGCAGGGAAAUGGUGACCAGCGCCGGCGACCCAGAUUAGUACAAGACACUGAUGCUGAUGAAAACCUGGAGAACGUCUUUGUCUGAUGUGCACGAGUGUGUGUGUAUGCAUGAAUCAUUUCCAGAGUUUUUUUUCUUAUCGAUUGUUAAACAAUGUUAGAAAUAAAGGCAAAACCAUUUACUGAG